GACACACACACAGGUCCAUAAAGACGAAGAUGAUGAAGCUAGCUAUAAUUGCUGUCGCGUUGUUGACCUUUGUCCGUGAAGGUCAUGGUCAGACCGAGGGCGGCGUGUGCGCGGAGUCGUCUGCGGAUGCGUUCGCUGACCCGACGGGGGACUGCUCCAAGUUCUACCGCUGUGAAUCGGGCGCCUACAUGUCGUACGUGUGUACCGCCGGCAUGGUGUUCGACAGAACCCACUGCACCUGGCCAGAGAUGUCGAAAUCCACGUGCAAAACACCGACGAGAGGCAACGUUCCGUUAAUCCCAGUGGACCAGUCCACAAAAUGCAUUUACGCUUGUCCCACGACGGGAUCAACUGUCUAUCCAGACUGGGCCGACACGGGCAAGCUGUACGUGUGCAAGAACGGAGACCUGUUCCACGCGUCAUGUUCUGACCUGGGCACAAGUCCACUGUACCCGUACUUCGACCCCAGUUUCAAGUCGUGCGACCAGAUCCAGGCCGCACGCAAUAUAAACUUUUUGGUGCUUGCUAAGUAAACCUCGGUUUGACGUCUUGCGAAUGCUGUUCUUGGAACUGUUGUGCUGUUUUCUGUAAAAGCGACAUGAAUCGAUGUUAUGCAGUUUAAUAAAUUCGAAA